CAAGCGGAUGCGUUGUGCUUGUCUUUGCUCUCCUUCUUCUUCACUUCCCUCCUCAACUUACACCAACCUCAUCGCUGUCAGGCAGGUGCUGAGAUAUUUCGCCUGUGUGUGUGUUGGCCAAAUUAAUGGAUGACCUACGGUAGCUAUGGCGUCCUAAGGUCUGCAGUUCAGCAGGUUGUCGUGAUAAACUUUUUCUGGAGUUUGAAGGCUGUUUUUGUCGGCGCCGUGAAGUCUUCAAAGGCGACAGCCAGCAUCCGCCCGUUAAAGACUGAAACCGACAAGAAAGUAGAUUUCCCUCGUCAAUGCUGAGAGGUUAGAUUUGUCUGGACAGAAUGACGGUCUACAAGAUCAUCAGAGAGAACGACCAAAACCUGGUCACCACCCUGCCGUGAACAACCGGAAGUGCAGCGAGCCGAGAGGGCCUCAAGAACUAAGAGGUUAUGUGAAGCAUAUGUAAAGCUCACAGCUCGAGCUGUACAUACCUACUGUGUACUAGAGAUGUUCACUCUGAAAACAGACAUUAUAGGUCAGUUUAAUAAGAUGAAUGACCACUGAAAUAUCCAGGAAUGGAAUUACCACAAGGCAGGGCUGCAAAUCGCCUGGUAUGAAAACUAACACCUGCACGCGGAAGUACGGCACACACGAGUACUACCUGAGCGAUUACUGGAUUUGACUACUUUGUAGACCCUGUGUCUCUCCAGAUCAACAAGUCACAGAAAAACCACCCCUAAGACUUAUUCCAAAGAAUCACAAACAUCUAGAGUGAGAUUACCAGUGGCAACCAUGAAUGGCCUAACAGAGAUGUCGGUCAAGUGCGUCCUAGUUGGGGACACUGCGGUCGGCAAGACAGCCCUGCUGGUCCGCUUCACCUCAGAGACCUUCCCCGACACCUAUAAGCCCACAGUGUUUGACAACACAGGGGUGGAGGUGUACAUGGAUGGGGUUCAGAUCAGCCUGGGGUUAUGGGACACGGCGGGUAAUGACAACUUUAAGCAAAUCCGCCCGAGAUCGUACCAGCAGGCCGACAUUGUCCUCAUCUGCUACUCCGUGGCCAAUCCUAACUCGCUUGCCAACGUCCAGCACAAGUGGAUUGCUGAGGUUCGAGAGAACCUGCCCAGGGUGCCAGUGCUGGUCGUGGCCACCCAGACGGACCAGCGAGAAAUGGGGGCACAUCGGGUCAACUGCAUCUCAGCAGCGGAGGGGAGACGUGUGGCUCAUGAUAUCCGUGCUAAAGGCUAUCUGGAGUGCUCCUCCUUAAGCAACCGAGGCGUGCAACAGGUGUUUGAGUACGCCGUGCGGACAGCCGUUAACCAGGCCAGGAAGCAUGCCAGGAGACGCAUGUUCAGUAUAAACCAGUGCAAAGUCUUUUGACCUUCGACCUUGACCUGGUGGCGUGGCUUGAACUGUCAUGAGAUGACUUGUGUGUCCAAUAAUGCGUUAGUGUGCUGUUCAAACUCAGUCAGGGUUUGUAAAGAUACAAGAACCCGAUUUGUGUCCUCUAUGUAGGGUUCUUUUUCACUAACAGGGUGUCCUGUCCGCCCAUGACCCAAGACCCAACCCAUAUUUAUAACUGAGAAUACAUUGAUUUCAUCAUAGACCUAAUACACACUCAUGCAAAUGUACAGAUGGAAGUUGUACUUUUGUUUGAUCCCGGGAGCGAUGGAAAGAAAAGAGUUACUUUGAUUCUUCUGAUCUGUUUUUUUUUAAGUGAACCACAUUACAUUACAUGGAGGUAUUUCAAACAGGGCAUCAGAGGAGUUUCUUUUUUUCUUAGGACUUUUACCUAAACGAGAGCAUGUAAAGCUUUAAUGGAGACAUACAGCAUAAGUUUUUUCUAAUUAUUUUACUAAUAACUAAUGCAAAGAGAAAACAAUAUUAAUAUGUAAGUUUGGGGCUGCAUCAGCAAUGAACUUUUGAAUUGCAGCGUAAACCAAAUAAGUGCAUUUACUACCACAAAUAAAAUUACACAACACACAUUUUUUUUUCUUUUACAGUUGUAUGGAGCCUUUACAGUGUGAUUUGAAUAUUUGCAUCAAAUGAGGACAACUCUAGUCCUAUGCUCCUAAAACAUUUUAUUCGCUGAAUCAGUAAGUAGUAGUGUGUAAGUGCUGCCAUUUGUCCGCAAUUAAUUCAACUUUUAAGAAUAAGAUAAUGUGGAUGUUGCUGUAUCAAGUUCGAAAUACAGCAUAUUCUCUAUUUUCUUUUUAUAUUAGACAUGAUUAGCAAUUACUGUCAAUAGGUCAAAUGAGUGUUUGUAUGCGUGUGUGUGUAUGUGUGUGUGUGUGUUUUUAAAAGAUACCUGUAUUUGAAAUGUUUACUCAGACAUCAGUUGCAUUGAAAUUAACUAAUACAUGACUGUAUUUAAAACUAAAAAAUGCGCUCAGUAUAGCGCAGACAUCCGCCAUGGCCAAUGUCGGAAAGCGGUUCUUUUAACGUAAUCCUGCUGACAAAUAAACAAACACGGGGGAAAACAUAACCUCCUUGGUGGAGGUAAUGAACCAAAAAAUCUAAUGGUGUAAUUGAGAAAUUUAUUUUAUAUCGUUAGAGAAACCAAACAUUUAAAACAUGUUCUAAAAUAAAACAAAGGAACAUGUAACAUC